AUGACCCCCUCAACCUGCUGCAAAACCUCCAGCGACGGCUCCUGCGCCUGCGCUGCCCAGGCCAAAUGCUCCUGCGGCAAGGAGUCCGCCCUGCACUGUACCUGCAACAAGGCGUCGACCGAGAACAGUGUUUCCGGGCCGCGGUGCUCGUGCCGCGCCCGCCCCGCCGGCCAGUGUACGUGCGAGCGUGCCGCCAGCGAGAACCACCCUGUGACUGGCGCGGCGUGUCCGUGUGGCGCGCGGCCGGAGACCUCGUGUACGUGUGAGAAGGCGGAGAAGGUGGAUGCUGCUGUGGAGGGGUUGGAGACGGAUUUUACUGCUAAGUAG